AUGCCUAUUUUUGCCAAUUACGUUCAUUUCUACGCAGUCAUUAGAAAAAAAAUGUUGAGCAUCCAUUUUUAUAAAAACGUCAUCACACCGGCCGCUGCAGCGUCUAGUUCGCCCGGCGCUAUCGCUGCCGGUCUACUAUGGAGCAAAACUUUGACAACGAUUCCGGAUAACUUCACUGCUGACCAGGUGAAUAAGUAUUACGCCGCCCGGAAGACGAGCGAGCGUAACCGGCGACGUAGUUACAAAUUCAUGACCGAAAGCUACGUUGAGCCGCCGUCGCUCGAAACUGCGAUAGUUAACAACGGGAAUGUGAGCUUCGUCGUGGCGCGCGGGCAGUGCUAUGCGAGCCAGAGAAAGUCAUCCAAGCCCUACCGCGCAACUGCAACGAUCGCAGCAGACGGCUCGGUCUCGACGAGUACCUGCCAUUGCGCUGCCAAAGAAGGCUUGUGCAAUCAUUCUUUAGCACUGCUACAAAUGAUUGCCCUUCUCAAGAAAGAAGGGUACAGGGAAGAACCCCUGGAAGUGACAUGCACGGAACUUCCGCAGCAGUGGCGUCGUCCUCGGGGAUCGCAGAUCAAUCCUGGGAGCGUCAGCGACCUGGACUGGAGGAGCGUGAGGGAAGGAGGGCCUUCCGAAGCACUUUCUUCGAAGCUCUGCGACGCGAGAAAAAGCAAGGGGAGCAUGACAGACAUGCAGCAGGACCUCCACACUUUGGGCGUCGAUCUCGGCCACCUCGAGGAUUCGCCUUUUGCGAAGCAUCUGCGUUCCCUGCAAGUGCUGGGCACUGAUUCAAUGUUUGGCAUAGUCCCCGAGGGCUCUGGAAUAUCUUACCAGCACCCAGUGUCUCCACAUGGAUUCAAGACAUACAUCAGCCCGAACAUUGUGCAGUGUGGCACAGAUGCCUCCAAACCUGUGCUCCCUGCCUGGCCGGUGCUGUUCACCUCGUCAAACACCUACAAGCUCGGGACGGAGUUCCUAAAUGCUACCAGUACAUCGCUUCUUCAGAGCUUGGUUUUAACCCCGGAAGAAGCACCCCACCUGGAAAAGGACAGCCGCCAACAAGCAAAAAGCGCAACGUGGAAGGCUGCCCGCACCAACAGGCUCACGGCGUCUUCAUUCGGGACCGUUGCAACCAGAGAGUCGUGGACGAAUGUGGGGCUACGGAACCUCACUGAAGAACGAGAUCUUUCUCGAGUGAGAGCCGUCAAGCAUGGUGUCACUCACGAGCCCCAUGCAGUGAGGAACUACGAAAGAGCACUUCGUUGUCGUGGCCACAGCAUCCAGACUACCUGGUGUGGCAUUAUGGUGGAUCCAUCUUUGCCAUGGCUGGGAGCGUCCCCGGACAGACUUGUAUAUGACCCCAAGGAGCCUGUCCCUCAUGGAGUUCUGGAAGUCAAGUGUCCUUAUACCAUGUACCACUCGGCCGAUCCUGACUCGCAGACCUUCUACAUGGUGAAAGACGACUCGGGAACAUACAGAUUAAGGCGCGACCAUAACUAUUACUACCAACUGUUGGGGCAAAUGGCGCUUUCAGGCUUAAUGUGGGACGAUUUUGUGGUUUACUGCAAGAAGUUUUUGAUUGUGGAGAGGAUUAGAUUUUCUCUUUCUGACUGGACGGAAUGCAAGGAAGUGCUUAACAAGUUUUAUUUUCAGACACUACUGCCAUACCUAGCACGAAGGUGUGAUUAG